AUGGAAUUUCGAGUCGGGGGAAAUUUAGGGUCAGAUGCGUUGAAGAAGAAGCUACCUAUCAGAGUUAUAGACAGUAAUUUGAGUGGUCUGAGGGAAAUAGUGCAACAAAUGAAGACUAUACAGAGGAAUGCUUUCAAGAAGCGGCAUGGGAACUUCUUGAGGUUGCUGAAUGUGGAAGUCCAAGUAUCGGCAGUCACUGCUCUGGCUCAAUAUUACGAUCCGCCACUCAGAUGUUUCACCUUCAAGGAUUUUCAAUUGGUACCAACAAUAGAAGAGUUCGAACAAAUUUUGGGCUUGUCCAUGGAAGAUAAAGUCCCUUACAGACAUUCAGAGCAACAUGCAUCUGUCUCUACGUUGGCUGGAAUCUUGAAGGUACACCUUGCCGAGCUAGAAGGUAAGAUGGCCUCCAAGGGCAACUCGAAGGGGAUCCCUCAAGGAUAUUUGGAAGGGCAUCUGCGUCUUUUGGCAGAAAAAGAAAUGGGGGAGACAUUCAUGGAUGUGUUGGCUCUCACACUUUAUGGAGUCAUACUCUUCCCUAACAUGGAAAAUUUUGUUGAUCAAACCGCCCUCGAUAUGUUUGUUGCCUACAAGAUUCAUUCAGAAAGUCUAGUCACCGCGGUUCUAGCUGAUGUGUAUGGGAGUUUGAACCUAUGCCACACACUCAAGAGGAAGAAGAUGCUAUGUUGUGUACCUAUGUUGUAUGUGUGGUUUAUAUCUCGAAUCCGUCUAGGUACAUUGAAUGCUGAAUGUCUUAUUGGAGAGUUACCACCUAGUGGCAUUGAAAUUCGGGGGGCAAAGGAAUGGGCCCAGUUUUGUGCGAGUUUGAAUGGGGGAAGAAUUAGAUGGUGUGUCCCGGGAUUGUCGAAGUCACGUGUCAUUUCUUGUGGGGCUUUCCCUAACGUCCCCCUAAUAGGCACUAGAAGUUGCGUGAAUUAUAACCCUGUCUUGGCUCAACGACAAUUUGGGUGUCCGAUCAAGAGCUCCCCAACUCCGGAAUCUUUGGUUGCCGUUUGGAAUUAUUAUGAAGAAGGAAUUUCCCUUGAUCAAAUUCGCCGAAUCAGGAGUGCUUGGGGUGAGGUCCUGCGUGUAGAAAAAGACCCAAGGCCAUGGGUGAUCGACGAGAAGAUGUCCUACCGACGAUGGAUUCUGGAAAGGGUUAACACGGUCAAGUUACCUUUCAAAUCAGACUCUCUUGCUCCUGAGCGGUCGGAACCUGCCGAGUCUGAGGAAAUGAAAAGGUUGAAAGAGGAAAUGGAGAAGAUGAAACUCAAAAAUGCUAAAUUAAUUAAUGAGCUUCAAAGUCUCCGACACGAGUAUGUGGAUAUGAGGCGUGAUAAGGAGGAAAUGACAAAAGCGUAUGAAGGAAUUCUUAGGAAACAACGAGAAGAACGAGAUCAUGCUUUCAGAGUUAAACAGGAUUUGGCUGCAACUAACACCGCAUUAAAAUCAAGGGACCGAGAGAGAUGCAGCAGCAACAUCUAA